AGCCAUCAGUCUGUCACAACAAUGGAGUCCAAAUUCCUCUCUUCAAUUGCUCCGGCGCCGUCGCCGACACUUUCUACCUUUCCGGUUUCCUCCGACGAAGCCACGAACCGGACUAUUCAAAGUCCGUCUGCAAAAUCUCCGGCGCCCCCAACAACGCCGUCGACGCCGUUAUCCACUCAAGAUAUACGGCGAUGGAGACCGGCGGCGCAACGAAACCUGAGAAACCAAUGGUCGAAGUUGGCUGCUCUGAGGACGCAAUGGUUUUCCUUAUCCUCCACUGCUCGAUCAUAUGCCACUUCUGUAGUCAAUUCACAUCUCUCCCAAAGGUAUAUGGAUGCGAUGGACUUGGGUGUUUUAACAGAUAUGCCUGAUAUACGUAAAAAAGCAUGUAGGAAAUUGUUCAAGCAGCAGGUGAUUAUAGAGACUUAUAGGAGUAACCUCUUGUCAUCUUACAAAGAUAUGGUGGCUGUUGUAACUCAGAUGGUCAAUGUUUCUAAAUCUAUGAGGUGUUACCGCAAAGGAACAAAUGGCAGUGCACUUACUGAGUUUUCUUUGUUCCCUGGAGAUCAGAAUGACACUGGUGAUGGUGAUGGGAUUCCUGUUUUCACCUUUUGGUCAAUCUUUGAUUUCGAGAAACUGGCAUUGGAGCUGGUCCAGAUGUUUGUGUCAGAAACGAAUAUAAAGCGGUUGCUUGUAAUGGAAAUAUGCUCCAUUGGUUCCGAGGAAUUUUCCCAGGUCGACAGGCUGAAAUGGAGUGAUCAUUUCUAUGUAGGAGAGUUUGAUGAUCUGCUCAAAUGCAAUUCAAACUCAAAUGAGGUUCUUAAGCAACUCGUGCCCAGGCUAGAGAGCUGCAAUUCUCGGACUUCCCCCAUGCAAUCGAGUAAUCAAUUAGAGAGCAAUAUUCUCCAGGUUUACUUAACAACCUGGCUUGCAGAAGUCAAUGUCGAUAGAUUCAGGAUAGGUGAAUUAUUUGCUAUGGUAGGUGAGGAGAUGCAUGUUACCAUAUCUUGAAGCCUCAACUACACAGGUAGGCGAACAAGGGUGAAAAAACCCUUUAAAUUUUAACGUUGUAAUUCCAAGAUCAAGCUUGAGCUCAUCCAUAUGCCUGAUGAAGCAUUGAGCUGAUCUUCAAGCUUCUAAGAUUUUUAUCUUCAUCCUUAUCUGGAUGUAUCUAUUGCACCUGAGCAGAGCAGAAUGGAUACAAAAGAUUAGCAUGGAUAGCCCCAACUCAUUUGGUCGAGGCAUGUAUAUAUACAUGUAAUGGUGAUGGGUCUAUUCGCCAAUGAGGUCGAUAGAGCUUGAAAAGAUAUAAAAGCGACCUAAGCUGGGAUUUAAGAUGGUGAAGUUGUUCUUGUCCAGGAGAAUCAUCCAACUUACAAACAAUGCUACUGUUGUUUCCCGGGCAAUGUAUCCAAGUAUCAGGCUAAUGACUGCCUAAUGCUGUCUUUGUCUGUUAAAGCAACUGGCGGGUGAAGUGCCAACACUGACAUAUUUAGUACUCCCUCUGUUUCAAUUUAUGUGAACCCAUUUGAAUGGGCACGGAGUUUAAGAAAAGAAAGAAGAUUUUUGAACUUGUGGUG